AUGGGUGCAAAUAUUGAUAGAUACCAUAAGGCAUGCGGUAGACCAACGUUGUAUGUUUGCGGGACAGACGAGUACGGUACUGCGACUGAGACCAAGGCCUUGGAAGAGGGUGUGACUCCCGAGGAACUUUGCCUGAAAUAUAAUAAGAUACAUCAGGAAGUCUACGAGUGGUUCAAUAUAGGAUUUGAUAUAUUUGGACGUACUCCUACAAAACCGCACACAGAAAUAUCCCAGGGUAUAUUCAAAAGGCUUCACGAAAACGGAUAUUUGGAGGAAAAGACAACAGAACAACCCUUUUGCGAGAAACACGAAUCCUUCCUCGCCGACCGCUUUGUCGAAGGUGAAUGUCCGCGUUGUCACUAUGACGAUGCUCGAGGAGACCAGUGUGAUAAAUGUCAGCACCUGCUUGACCCUUUCGACCUGAUCAAUCCCCGUUGCAAGGUGGAUGGCGCGACUCCAGUUCGUCGGCAAACAAAGCACAUUUUCCUCCUGCUAGACAAACUUCAACCUGAAAUUGAUCGUUGGGUCGGCCCAGCAAUUGAGAAAGGCGACUGGCCGAAGAACAGCCGCGUUAUUACUGAGUCAUGGUUGAAGGAGGGCCUUCAACCUCGUGGCAUCACUCGAGACCUAAAAUGGGGUGUCCCUGUCCCCUUGGAAGGAUAUGAGAAGAAAGUUCUUUACGUCUGGUUCGAGGCGUGUAUUGGAUACCCUUCAAUCACCGCCAACUAUACCCCCCAGUGGGAACAGUGGUGGAGGAACCCUGAGAAUGUUCAACUAUAUCAGUUCCUUGGGAAAGAUAACGUACCAUUCCAUGCAGUUAUCUUCCCUGGUUGCCAGCUAGGUACAAAAGACAAAUGGACGAUGCUACACCAUCUCAGUACGACUGAAUAUCUCAACUAUGAAGGAGGAAAAUUCAGCAAAUCCCGCGGAAUUGGUGUUUUCGGGAACAACGCAAAGGACACGGGAAUUUCAGCUGAUGUUUGGAGAUAUUACCUGCUAAAGAACCGUCCAGAGACUGGUGACACUCAAUUCGAAUGGAGGUCUUUUAUUGAUAGCAACAACGGGGAGCUACUCGCCAAACUUGGUAACCUUGUAAACCGGGUAAUCAAGCUGGUUGCUAGCCCAAAGGCCUAUAGUUCGGUUAUUCCAGAGUUCACCGUUACUGAACCAUUCUACCCUGUGUUAGAAGAAGUAACUGGUCUUCUCCGCCAAUAUAUAAACGACAUGGAAGGUGUCCAUCUGCGAGCUGGCAUCCUCACUGCCAUGAAAAUUGCCGAAGCUGGUAACGGUUUAAUCCAGGCUAAUAAGCUUGACAACUCACUGAUAGCAAACGAACCAGAGCGUGCAGCAGCGGUUGUUGGCAUUGUGGUGAACUUGAUCCAUCUCUGUUCGAGCGUCUUCUGCCCAUACCUCCCUGCCACUUCCGCUUCUAUUCUCGAACAAUUAGACGCUCCAGCUAGCCAGAUACCAAGCCUCGAUGAUAUCAAGGACGGAUGGAAACCCACCAAUAUCAAGCCGGGCCAUCGGGUUGGCAAGGCAAAAUACCUCUUUAGCAAUAUUGAUGUUAAAAAGGCAGAUGAGUGGAGAGAGCAGUUUGGCGGAUCCCAGGCUGAUCGUGUGAAAAAGGAAGAAGAGAAGGCGAAGCAGUUAGCGAAAAAGGCUGCAAAGUCUAAGAAAAAGCAGCAAAAGGCCCAACCGAACGAAGGGCCCAGUGACAGCAAAGUUUCUGUUGAGGCAUCAGCCAAGGAUGGUGGAUCAGAAACAGCAGUGGUUCAGACAGAUGGUAAGGCUGUUGAGGAGGUUACUGAUGGCGUUUCUCAAGUCACUCUACCCACGUCCUGA